AUGGCGUCGCUGCUCGCGCGGCGCGGGUCCUACGCGGUCAUCGCCGGCAGCGGCCUGCUCUGCGGCCACCGGCUCGCCUUCGCGGAGCCGGAGCCCGAGCCCGCCGCGGGCGAGGCGCCGACGCCGCCGGGCAUCUACAGCAAGGGGGCCUUCGACCCGGCGCCCGUCGAGGCCGUCGCCGAGCUGCUGCGGUCGGCCAAGGGCAAGAGCGACCUCCAGUACAAAAAGGCGGAGGAGCAGAAGAAGCAGGCCGCGGAGCGGACGACGCAGAAGGAGUACCGCGCGGCGCUCGCGCAGGCGACGCGGGAGGCGCGCCAGGCGCAGCGCGUCGAGGCGGAGCAGACGCGGGGCGUGCAGCGCCAGCACAUGGACCACCGCGCGCAGUACAAGGCGUCGCUCGCGCAGGAGACGCAGGCGCUCGCGGGCAGGCUCGACGAGGCGCUCAAGGACGGCGAGGAGGAGCGGCGCGCGGCGCACGAGGCGGCCCUCGAGAAGAUCCGCAAGGAGACGGCGGAGCUCGAGCAGGAGCUGCGCCGCGA